UCCCCCCUCCCCCUCCCCCCCUCCAUAACCUCCCGCCUCAUCCCAACCACUCCCACCCUAACCACCCACAUCCUCGAAUCCAACUCCCCCACAACAACAACAACCACUCCACGCCCCCGCAAACUCAUCAUCCUCCUCCACGGCUUCCCCGAACUCGCCUACUCCUGGCGCCACAUCCUCCCCCAACUCUCCAACCAAGCCGGUCCGGACUACCACAUCGUAGCCCCAGACGGACGCGGCUUCGGGCGCACCACGGGCUGGGAAAAAGACGCCGCCAACUACCCCGACUCGAACCUCACCACCUUCACAGGCCUAUCCUUAGUCCGGGACGUGGUGAGUCUAGUCCACGCACUGGGCUACACCACCGUGGAAUGCGUAGUAGGUCAUGAUGCAGGCGCCGUGACGGCGGCGUUUUGCGCCGUCGCUAGACCCGAUAUGUUUCGGAGUGUCGUGCUGCUAAGUCAUCCGUUU